AUGUUACCCGACGAACCCCGCGCUCAUUCACAAACCCAACAGAUGGAGCAGUUUUACCGAGUCGGUGCGCUGUUCUAUGCCAAGGCAUGCCAUCGCGGAGGUCGGGAGAAGUUUCUUCUCGACUUCUACAUGCACGACAGGGCGCGGUGGCCGAUUCCGCGGGAGAAUUCCCAGUCCGACGAUGACUUUGCGGCCAGCGUAUAUCGUCGGGAAAUGGCUGUGCUGAACUCGUUGACUUUCCACCGCAUGACGGGCCCAAGGAUCGAGCUUCCGAUCACCUGGCAGCGGUUUGCUGCGUUGCGGCCCGGACCGGAUUAUGACCUCGUUGCGAACCAAGUUCUUCGAUUGCUCGAGGGAGAAGGCGACGUCGACCCUCCCAGUGAAAUAGUCACGACACCGCCCAGUGCUGUCCCCACACGGUCGGCGUACGAAGGCUUAGGUGAAUCACUGGAAGCGCCCAUUGAUCUUACUGGAGAGAGCGACCAGAGCGGCCCGUCCGACGAGGGUGACAACCCGGAAAAUCCCAUCGUCCUAUAA